AUGAAUAUGUUGGAUGAUGAAGAUGACCAAAGCUUUCACGCUACGCGUGACGGCCACUCCCAUUUGAGCGAUGUCGAAUGGGAUGCGGUUGAACGGAUGGGUUCGACCAUGGGCAUCCAUGCUGUUAGCGUCAUGCUAGAGGCUCUCAAUAGAGAUGCCCAACAUGCUACUAUCGCCAAGUUCAUCCAAAAUGAACUUGACGCAGAACGCGAGAAAGUAGCCUUGCUUCAUCAACAAGUUUCUCAACAAGCAGAGUUGUUGAGAGAACAGGGUGUUCAACAGUUUGAGCUGUUGAGACAGCAGCAGGCUGCUGCUGGUGGGUCGAUGCACUCGCGUCGACCCGAGACUUUGAAGAUUGACAUCUCCAAGUAUAGGGGGGUCGAAGAAGACUCCCUCUUGAGAUGGUUCGUCGAAUAA